AUGUCGUCCAAAACGUACAUAAAGGCUGUACGGACGAGGUUCAGGAACAGCCUUAAGAAGGAAAUUCAGAAAGGCAUGGAAUUAUCAAGAAAAGAUAUAGAGGAAAUCGAUUUAAACGAAGAAAUAACGAACACAAAAAAGUGUAUUAAAAUGCUAAAAGCAUAUCGCGAAAAGUUAGAAUGCCAAUGUGAAAAAUAUGUUGGAGUAUUAGAAGACUCUGAAGGAGAAACAGUAGAACAAAUAUUGAACGAGGACUAUACUAUCUGUGAUGAAGCAACUGAAUGUUCUAUGGUAUUGGAGAAUUAUCUGGAAGAAAUGGAAUCUGCAAGGAAACGUGUUUCCAAGGAAACGGCGACCCGUGAAGAACAGGUUAGUACCAUUACACAUCAAAUGCAAUCUUUUAUGAUCGAACAGAGUACACAUCAGCAAGAAUUUGUAGAACGGCAAAGUCAACAGCAAAUAGAGUUCUUAGAAAAACAAGUUCGAGAACAACACGAGGUUUUAGACAAACUUUCUAAAUCAAAGUCGCCAUCAAUGUCAGUUAAAUUGCCAAAAUUGGAACUUAAGUGUUUCAAUGGUGAUAAAUUAAAGUGGUCAGAAUUCUGGGAUGCCUUUGAGUGUACGGUUCACAUAAAUGAGAAACUGUCAGACGUUGAAAAAUUCAGUUAUCUCCAGACAAAGCUAGUCGGUGAAGCAAAAGCAGCAAUAUCCGGAUUGUCUCUCUGUAACAAAAAUUACCGAAUUGCCGUAAACCUGUUGCAAGAGAGAUUCGGAAAGAAACAAGAAAUCAUAGAUAUUCAUUAUCACAAGCUGAUGAAUAUUGUUCCGCCCUACUGCAAGACCGAGAGUUUGCGACUCUUUCUUGACACAGUUGAAAAACAUAUGCGGAGCCUAGAAGUAUUAGGUGAAAACAUUGAUCAAAACAUGUUUGUUUCAAUGGUUAAAUCGAAAAUUCCAACGGACGUACUCUUGCACCUGGAGGUACAGAAAGGCUCAGGAAACGAAUGGAGCGCUAAAACACUCCGACAGCGAUUACGAGAUUACAUAAUUGCUCGUGAACACGCUGAACAAAGCAACCAACAAGAGCCUGCAAACAAAAUGAAACAGAAAAUUGACUUUCAAAGUGGCAACAAUUUUGAAAUUAAAAGCGCAAGGCCAACGAAAAUGUUUGGUCAGAAGCCAGUCUCCGCUGGAAAGCACAUCUCGGCGGAGUCCCUAAUCUCUGGAGACAGCAAAAACAGUGUUUAUGCAAACAAGUGCAGAUACUGUACGAACUCUCAUUGGAGUGAUGAAUGUACGAAAUACAAAACGAUUCCAGAAAGAAAACGCUUGCUGAAAGGUGCAUGCUACAAGUGUCUGAAAGUUGGACACAAAACUGAUAAGUGUAAGGCUAGAAAACUGUGUGUACAUUGUGGUGAAAAGGAUGUUCAUCACAGAAGUCUUUGUCCCGCCAAAUUUAGUGUACACAUUCCCACAAGACGAGCAGAAAGUGCGAACGUUUCAGAAGAACUUGUGUCUGAAAAUAAUGAUGUACAUCACGAAAAUGUUCUCGUGUCAUCUGGUGAGGUUGUCCUCAUGCAGACUGCAAGAACAGAGGCAAAAUGUCCUACAAGUGAAAACAGCCGCCAGAUUAGACUCCUCCUAGAUUCGGGGUCACAAAGGACAUAUGUGACGGAGCGCCUGGCGGAGCAGCUUGACCUCGUUAGAGGAGAAAUGCAAGAAAUAAAACUAGUCACGUUUGGUAGUAAUAAAGCAAAAGUGAUCAAAACGCCGACUACCAAAUUGAGUCUGAAGCUGACCAAUGGGAAAUAUCUGAGCAUAACUGCUAAUAUUGUGCCUGACAUCACAGGGACAAUAGAAAGGAAAGCUGUACAUCUGUCUCACUCUGAGAACAUACAGCACAUCCUGAGCAGUGUUGACCUGGCGGACACCAUUCCUACCACAAAUGAAUACUCUACCAUAAACUUGUUGGUGGGAAACGACUACUACCUUGACGUUGUCCUGCCACAGAGGAUAGAGAUACAGCCUGGUUUGUACCUUCUAAGUUCCAAAUUUGGUUGGUUACUUACCGGUCGCAUCAAUGAACCCUGUGAAGAGGAAGCUGAAAAGAAUGACAUUGGAAUGCUCAUACUUACCUAUGGGACCGAUGCUUAUAGAAUAACAAACUCAAAUGUGUUCUCUUCAGUGGAUAGUGAUGUUCCAAAGAAGCCCGAUCUCGAGGAUUUCUGGGCAAUUGAAUCUAUCGGGAUACUUGACGACCCUAGACAAAAUGAUGACGAAACUGCCAUGGCCAAAUUCAAAGAGACUAUACAGUUCAAAGACAGUCGUUAUCAAGUUACCUGGCCAUGGAAGGAAGAAAAUCCCGAUCUCCCUGUCAAUCGCGGAUUAGCUCUUGGUAGGCUGAAAUCUACAGCAUCGAGAAUGCAAGGGAGACCAGAGCUACUGAAACAGUACGACUCCGUUAUACAGGAUCAGCUAUCAAAAGGAGUUAUUGAAAAGGUGAGUGGAAAUAGUAUCACACUAUCAAACACUAUCUUCCACACCAUGCAGUAG